CUUCCCGACGGCGGCGCAUCCGCCGCCUUCAUGCUGCCGGCCGACUGCUCCCGCCGGCUGGUGGCCGAGCUGCGGGGCGCCCUGGACGCCUGCGCCGAGCGGCAGCGGCAGCUGGAGCGGAGCCUGCGCGUCUCGCGGCGGCUGCUGCGGGCCUGGGAACCAGCCGCGACCCCGGCUGCGGAGCCAACCCUGGGGCCAGAAGCUAAAGGAGAGCACCUGUCUCCAGGUGAGCCUCGGCCGCCCGCCUUCCCCAGGAGCUGCCCCCGGGCAUGGCCUGCCCCAUCCCGGGAGCAGCGACCAGGGGCCUCUGCCCGAUUCUUGGCUUUCUCAGCGUGCACGCCCAGCUCCCAAGACCUCAAGGAGCUGGAGCUUCUGACCCAAGCCCUGGAGAAAGCUGCGCGGGUCCGAAAAGGCAUCUCAAAGGCUGGAGGAGAUAAGGCUCCUGUUCCAAAAUCCGGGUCCACUGUCACUCCUGUCACCACCACUCCCUCCCACCUCCAGGCCCCUGGCCAGGCUGAUGGCCGUGUCUCAGAGACCAGCCCACCCAGGGGCAUCUGCCAGACCAAGGCGCCUACCAAGGGCCACCCUGAGCGCAGGCUGUUGUCAUCUGAGGAUAGAAUCUCUUGGGGAAGGGGAGCCCGAGCCACCAGGCCUGGACCUGGCCUCAGGGACCAACAGACAGCCCCCCCGGCUGCUCAGCAGGCCCCGGAAGCUUUCACUCUCAAGGAGAAGGGGGAGCAGCCCCGGAGUGAGGCUCUGAACAACGGCUUCCCGGACAGAACCCUUCUGCAGCUGCCCAUGGCCUUCCGGAAGGCGGCUUCCCAAAACUCCCGGCUAUGGGCUCAGAUCAGCUCUACACAGACCAGUGACUCUGCAGAUGCCACCACCACUGCCAAAACCCAGUUCCUCCAGAAAAUGCAGACAGCCUCGGGCCCACACGGUCCCGGGCUCAGCGCUGCCGAGGUGGAGGCGGAGCUGGGGCGCCUGCAGGAGGCCUGCUCGCUGCUGCGGCUGCGCAUGGAGGAGGAGGUGGCCGCAGCGCCUGUAGACUGGAAGCAGGAGUUGCGCUGUUUGUUCACCCUGGAGGGGCUGCAGGCCCUGGCUGGGCAGUGUCUCUGCAGGCUGCAGGAGCUGCGGGCAGCAGUGGCAGAACAGCAGCUGGGGCCAUGGCCUGUGGGGGGAUCCCGCAGCACCCUGUCCCCCUGUGGAGCAGGAGCAGACCCUGCCCGGGGCCCCCGGCUGCUCCUGUACUCCAGCACCCAGGAGCUGCAGACCCUGGUGGCCCUCAGGCUGCAGGUGGCCAUGCUGACCCAGCAGAUCCACCUGGAGAAGGUGCUGAUGGCUGAGCUCCUGCCCCUGGUGCACACCCAGGGGAGAUGGGGCCCCCGCGAGCUGUCGCUGUGCCGGGCCGUGCACAGCCUGCUGUGUGACGCAGGCGAGCGCUUCCCCACAGUCCUGCAGGACGAGCCCACUGGCUGAGCCCCAGGCCGGGCAGGCUGGUCAGGGAGCACCCCUCCAUGGUCGGGGUGGGCGAGCUGGGAUCUGGGUUCUGUUUGGGGAUUUGCAGGGCCGGAGCUGCCACCCGGGUUGCCGAGGGCUGUCAGCGGUUCCCUGGCCCAUCCUGAGCCCACUCAGGGUGCUGCUCUCUGCCCUCCUGUGAGCCAGGAGGCCCGGGCAGCUCUGGCUGCCUCCAUUUCCUCUCCUGUGGGUGUGGAAGCCACGUGCGUGACAUUAAAACUACUUUAGAAAGUAGAGCUGCUUAAAUAA